UUUUCCAGAACUGAGAUCCAGUCAUGGCACAAAACAAAAGCGGCUACACUCGUUUUGAAAACCCUCCUCUUGUCUCCGGCGUGGAUCAGCCUCCAUCGUAUGAUGCCGGUGUUCCUCACGGAGGUCUGGACGCUGGCGUUCCCGUCGUUGUUCCCGUCGGUCCGCCGUACCCUCCACCCACUGCUUUCGGGAAUCCCAUGUACGGACAGGAUGGCUCUGGAUAUCCACCGCACCCGUAUCCUCCAGCAGCUCCGUAUAUGGCAGAUCCGUACAGCAGCGGAGCGUACGAACAACCACUUCCAUACGAAGUGGCGAUGGGUGAGCCGGGACACAGCGAUCCUCCUCCAGACUAUGAGAACGAGCAGUUCGUCGGCUCCGGACUCGACAAUAAAGCCGUCAGAAGACUGUUCAUCCGGAAGGUUUUUUCGGUUUUGAGUCUUCAGCUGGCCGUCACCUGCGGCUUCGUGGCCGUCUUCACUUUCGAGCCUCACGUCAAGCUGUUCGUGAUGCAGAACGUCUGGACGUACUGGGUGGGCUACGCAGUCUUCCUCGUGCCCUACCUAGUGAUCCUGUGCUGCGGAGAGUUUCGCAGGAAGCAUCCGUGGAACCUCAUUGCUCUGAGUAUCCUGACGCUGGCGAUGUCCUACAUGGUGGGCGUGAUCUCCAGCUUCUACGACACUGAUAUCGUGAUGAUGGCCGUCGGCAUCACUGUGCUGGUCUGCUUCACGGUCAUCGUCUUCUCUCUGCAGACCAAAUAUGACUUCACUUCCUGUUACGGCGUGCUGUUCGUCUGCUUAAUCGUCCUGAUGUUCUUUGGGAUCCUUUGCAUCUUCCUGUACAACAGGAUUCUGGACCUCAUCUACUCGACGCUGGGCGCGCUGAUCUUCACCUGCUUCUUGGCCGUGGACACGCAGCUGCUUCUCGGGAACAAGAAUCUGUCCCUGAGUCCCGAGGAAUACGUCUUCGCCGCGCUCAACCUGUAUCUGGACAUCAUUCAUAUCUUCUUAUACCUUCUGCGAAUCUUCGGAAGAAGCCGUGGUUAAAAGUGCACCGCUGGAGGAAGAAACGCAUGCGACCGGUUACAGAUGAAGCGUCUCAUUUACUUCUGUGUCACGAUGCUUUCUUGUUUCAUCUUCACACCUAAGCGAUGUUGCGAAGCUAUUCUCUGCUCUUCUGUUCAUUUUCAUCACCUGUUCAUCAAUGCUAUUAAUAUAAUCAAGAGCAAAUGCACUGAUUCAUCAUCCGCUCUAUGUUAUCUGUUCUUGAUUUUUUUUAUGCAUGCUGUUUUUCUUUUAAGAAGGGAAUAAAGACAUUUUAUCAACAAA